UGAGAAGAUUGUAACAAAAGGAAAUAAAAUCCCCUUCUCUCUUUUGACUCUGUCACAUUGAACCUGAAAAAGCUUUUUUCCAUUUCUGCGAAGUGCCGGAGAUUCUCGUACUCGCCGUCCUCCGUGAGUUGGCGUUGCUUUGCUCUAAGACGAUGGGAAGGGGAAAGUUCAAGAGCAAGCCUACUGGUCGCCGCCAGUUCUCGACGCCCGAAGACCUUGCGGCUGGUACAUCUAACCGUCCACGGACUUUUAGAAAGAAAGAAGAGGAAGAGAAGGAGGAAAUUGAGGAAGCAUCUGAGGAAGAAUCUGAAGAAGAAUCUGAUGAAGAAACUACACAAAAGACAAAAGGUACCCAAGGUAUUAUUGAGAUUGAAAAUCCAAAUCUGGUAAAGCCGAAGAGCUUGAAAGCUAAAGACGUUGAUGUUGGGAAAACAACUGAGCUUUCAAGGCGAGAAAGAGAGGAGCUUGAGAAACAGAGAGCUCAUGAACGCUAUAUGAGGCUGCAAGAGCAAGGAAAAACUGAACAAGCAAGGAAAGAUUUAGAGCGUUUGGCUCUUAUACGUCAACAAAGGGCAGAUGCUGCCAAAAAGCGAGAGGAAGAAAAAGCUGCCAAAGAACAAAAGAAGGCUGAAGCGCGCAAGUGAAUUUCCUGGAAUGGCCAUGUCGCCUGGUUUUACUACAAAUCAGUAGGAGGAAUAUGUGCUGUCUUGUUACAUUGUAACUCUUGUUAGUUUUAAUUAAUGUCACUAUUCUAAGUUGGUAUCAUAGUAUGCAAUCAUUUCUUCCUCUCGUUGGCUGGGAAUCUUGAUCAUAAUAACUUUCACAACAUCUGGCCAAGGGAGGGAAUUUCAUUUGCCAUCUGCAUGUCAUUUAACUUCUGUCUGUAGCUUUUUACAUUUGUUACAGUCAUGAGCUUGAAGACAUCAGUGCUUAUUAACAAUCAGUGCAAAUAUGAGAAAGAUAUUAUGUCAA